UUCAAUAUAGUAUAUCUGAAUAUAUUAUGUGAGGAUGGUGGAGGAAAGUACGAUUUCGAAGAUGUAUGAAGAAAAGAAUAUUUUGCUAUUUUGGAAAAGUUGAAUUAUUAGUUAAAUUUUGAUAAAUAAAUAAAAAAUUCUAAAAUUUUAUGUAAAAUAUAUUAGUUAUUUUGAAAUCAAACAUUCGCAUGCGUAUUAAUUACUUCUUUUCGCAAACUCGAUCGAAAUACAUUAUCCGACAGGAGAGCACUCUUUGGGCUCCAGAGGAAAGAAAAGUUGUUGUAAUGGCUGCCGUGUCAUGAAAUGAAGGUACCGAGCCAGUUUUGUGGUUCCACGAUGGAGGAGAACUCCAGUUCUGCAUCUCAAAAUCAUAAUGGACAAUUAUCUAGUGGUGCAAAUGUUCCAUUGACAAAUAAUAAACAUCAAGGGAAUGACAAUGGUACUAAUGGCGAUGCCAAGAAUGAAAGGCCACAAUACUCUAUGCCUGGUAUUCUACAUUUUAUUCAGCAUGAAUGGACUCGCUUUGAACUUGAAAGAUCGCAAUGGGAGCUUGAUAAAGCAGAAUUUCAGGCUAGGAUAGCUUUUUUACAAGGAGAAAGAAAAGGUCAAGAAAGAUUAAAGAAUGAUUUAGUAAGAAGAAUAAAAAUGUUAGAAUAUGCACUUAAACAAGAAAGAGCAAGGUAUCAUAAACUAAAAUAUGGCACUGACUUAGUAAUUCAAGGGGAUACAAAACCUCCUAUUUAUGAAGAAGGUAUUUGUAAUUGUCCCAAUUCUGAUGUUGGAGGUGGUGGUGAUGGAGAAGCUCCAUUUACAUCUGUCAGUAAUAUUAGUUGGAGACAAGGCCGCCAAAUUUUAAGACAAUAUUUACAAGAAAUUGGUUACACUGAUACAAUAAUAGAUGUACGGUCCAGCAGAGUAAGAUCUUUACUUGGUUUAAGUAAUAAUACAGAUUCAGAAGAUAUGAAUACUCCUGCAUUAAAUGGCAAUGAACCAUCAAAUAAACAAGCAUCAGAUAACAGUGAUACAGGGCUUUUAAAUAGUGUUCGUAGAACUUCAGAAAAAAAGGUAGAGCAACGAUCUUCUAUAGCAGAAGCAAUAAUAUUAGAUACAGAAGCAGCUGUUAUGGCAAACUUUGAAUUUUUGGCUAAUACAGAUAUGGAUAUGGAAGAAGAGGAAGGAGAUGUAGAAGAUGAUACUUAUGAUACUAAUAUGGAUCCUAAACCAAAUAAACCACCUAUGCUUUUAACAGAAGAUGUUGAUGCAGAAGCUGAAGAAGUAUUAAAUGAAUUGAAUCUUCUCACAGAAAUUGAGGAAUCACCACCAGGUUCUAUUCGUUAUUUAUCUGAAUGGAAUGCAAUACAUAGAGGUGCACAUACAGAUCCAAAACGUCUAAAUGAAGAAGGUGAUUCUACAUUGGAAUUGGGUGAAUUAGAACAAUUGUGUGUAAACAAUGAAGCAGAAACAUCAUAUGAUAUGGUAGCUACUACAAAAGAAAGUUUAAGGAAAACAUGGAAUGCAAAGUAUACAUUAAGAUCUCACUUUGAUGCUGUUCGAGCUCUCGUCUUCCAUCCCACUGAUCCUGUUCUUAUAACUGCAAGCGAUGAUCAUACACUUAAAUUAUGGAAUCUUCAUAAAACUUUACCAGCAAAGAAAUCAGCUUCAUUAGAUGUAGAACCAUUAUAUACAUUCAGAUCACAUACCGGUCCUGUAUUAUGUUUAGCUAUGUGUAGUACAGGAAGUCAAUGCUAUAGUGGUGGUUUAGAUGGUAUGAUUCAUUGUUGGACACUUCCAUCAGCCAAUAUAGAUCCAUAUGACUCCUAUGAACCAAGUGUCCUUAGCCAAACAUUAAAAGGACAUACAAAUGCAGUUUGGGGUUUAAGCAUGUAUCAACUUCGAUCACAAUUGUUAUCAAUCAGUGCUGAUGGAACUGUAAAAUUAUGGAGUCCACAAAGCAAAUCACCAUUACUUCAUACAUAUGUUUCUGAACAAGAUGGAAUACCAUCAUCAGUAGAUUUCAUUAGGGACGAAUCAAAUAAAUUAGUUGUAGCUUAUGAUAGAGCUUGUGUGGUAUUUGAUACGGAAACAGGCGAAAGCGUAGCUCGUCUUGAAGCCAAUGAAACAAAAGGAGUAAAUCGUGUUGUGGCGCAUCCUACAUUACCACUUGUUGUUGCAGCACAUGAAGAUCGACAUAUUCGAUUUUACGAUCAUCGAUCAGCUACCCUUGCUCAUGCUAUGGUUGCUCAUUUGGAUGCAGUUACUAGUCUUGCAGUAGAUCCUCAUGGUUUAUAUUUACUUUCAGGAAGUCAUGAUUGCAGUAUAAGAUUAUGGAAUAUGGAUAAUAAAACUUGUGUUCAAGAAAUAACAGCACAUCGUAAAAAAUUUGACGAAAGUAUUUUAGAUGUAGCAUUUCAUCCUUCACGACCUUUUAUAGCAAGUGCAGGGGCUGAUGCUCUUGCCAAAGUGUAUGUGUGAAAUGUAAAUUAAGAUACACAUUUCUAUUACCAACAUACAUCAAAUGGAACAGAUUUUAUACUCAUUCUUUCUAGAUAGUUUUACUUAUACAUGUUACACUUCCAAUUUUGUUGUAACUUAUAUUGCUCUACCAUUUGAAAUAUCACUUUAGGAAAUCAAAUUGAGCGUAUAGAUAUCCAUGUUACGAAACCAAAAUUUGCACAUAACCUUUAUCCGCAACAUUUUAUUAAAAAAAUAAUUUCAAAUACAGAAUGUUUCAGUUUUUAGAUGAUAAUAUUAAUAUAUUCUAUGGGUUUAAAUAAGA